AUGAGUGCUGAUUGGAACUGGAUCAACUUGCCAGGAGAUCGAAGCGAGCUGGUGGUUGCUGACUUGGAGGCCUUGAGUGAGGCUGAGGAUGGCAACAGACCUGGCACAGGGCGUGGCCUGAUUGUUAUCCAAACAAACGCAACGUCUUCGUUCCAUGUCAGCUUCAGUCAGACUGAUGCGCUGCCCAUUCGGGGAUCGGACGUGCCAAGCUUGCGCUUUGUUGUGGGCAAGCGUCAAAACUCAAUGACAUCUGUUGGCCUGGGCAACCCCUACGUGAAGAAGGAACCCAUUGACUUCACCCGGCAGUCAGAUGCCUUGCUCACCAGCAACCCUGAGAAGAGCCGGACUUAUUGGUUCCUCUAUGACAGAGUCUUGUCCCUGGCAGCCAUGGGGGUCCAGGGAGCUCCACAGGCGGACGUUUGCCGCCUUCUGUGUCGAUUCCGGGACUCCUUGGGCUUUCGCGCCGAGGCCCUGAAGCGUCUCAUGAAGUGCACAAAGCAGAAGCUUGCUGUCCGUCUCUGCACUUUAUCUCUGUGCUGGGCUGCCUUUUUCCUACACCAAAUCCAAUGGUCGGUCCACGAGUGCUUCUCACUGCUGACCGUGUCCGAGCCGCGAAGAAAACUUCGAUGGAAGGAUGAGUCGGAAAACAUCCAGAAAAUCUCGGGCCAGGGCGGCCAGAGCAUGAAGACACAAAUGCAGAUCGAGCUCUUGACAGGCUAUGAGGCAACAUUUGCGGCUGUUAUGGCUGAGCUGGAAGCCUGUGAAACUGGAGAUGAGGUGCUCUUCAGCGUCUACGUGGUUGAGCCGGGGCCAAGUAGCGAGGCCUUGGUUUCAGCCCUAGCUGCAGCUGCUCGCAGAGGUGUUCGACUACGACUUCGCACGGACUGCAGCGUUCUCAGCUCCUUUACACGUCUUUGCGAAGGUACCACAACGUUGGUUUAUCGCUUGCAGCAAAUGCGAGACGAGAUGCCCGACACGGUUGUCUUCGAGCAACCGCAGAUUCCUACUCAUGCAAAGCUGCUAACCUUCAGGAAAUUAGCCUCUGCAGACGUGGCCAUCUUUGGUGGCAUCAACUUUGGGGACCGCUUUAGCUCAUGGCGCGACUUUGCCAUACGGCUAGAAGGUGAUGCAGUUGUUUCUGAGCUGCUGUCAUCCUUGGGCUGGCAGCAAAUCCCCGACAGCGAUGACCCCUUCGAAGCUCGCGAGAGGCAAAAAAACAUGGCUGACAGCGCUGACGGCGCUCUGCAGUUUGUCACAAAUCGACCGCAACGUUGGGAGUGGCCAGCAUGGCUCCUGUCCCAUCCCUUUCAGGGUGAGUUCGACAUCGCUCCGGAGAUGCUUCGCUUCUACAGCAGCUUUGACUUCUACAGGGUCGCAGCUUCGUACAUCGAUGAAACUGGAGCAGCAGUCCUGUCCAAAGCCCUGGAACGCGGUGCUCGUGUGGAACUGGUGAUGCCUUGGACCCCCAACGUCUAUGCGGAUUGCAAUGCCAGGACCCUGGGAAAUCUACUUGCAAAGUGGGGUGGCAGCGGCAAUUUCCUUCUAAAGCUUCACAGGAGCAUGGUCCAUGCCAAAGCAGUUGUUGCAGAAGGUCCGUCAUCGAAGGUGGCACUCCUUGGCUCCUGCAAUCUGCGACAACGAAGCCUUGAACAAUUCGAAGAAUUGCAUGCUCGGGUGACAGACCAGACCUUCUGUGCUACACUUUGGCUGGAGCUUGGCCAGCUUUUGCAAGAAGCUGACAAAGUUGAGGAUCCGGCUCGGUCUGUUUGCGAGCAGGUUCGAUAUGUGAUUCUCUCCUCGGGCAAGAGACCAGUGUCUCUACGAGUUGUUCACAUUGGCGCACCACCGGACAUUUCGAUCCCACGGUACCAGUUCGACCCUGUGACAUGGGAAGAGCUUCCUUGGCAAGGCUGCAGCUGUGUUUUUCAACUUGACGAAAGACACAUUGAGCUGAUGAAGCGCGUACAGGCCCUGCUUUCUGCAUCACCCCUUGGUCCACUGUACCAGCUGGUGCCAGCAGGAUGCAUCAGCCUGAAUGCCGUUCGGCUUUUGGAUCCCUUUCGGCGGCCAGAGCUAAUCGGCCAGUCCCAGAGUAUCGUCACGGAGAGCUCUGGUGAGGACGUGAACUGGAGAGCUUGCUACGAAGAGGUGAAUCGGCGCCUCGAUCCGAUCUUUCACUCUGCUCCAUGGACCUAUUGGCCUAUGAGAUUUGACCGUGCAGACUGCACUUCGGUUACAUUGACUCCAGCAGGUCCUGGUGCUCAAGAAUGUGUGACCUCUUGGGUCAAAGCUGUGGAGGAGGCCUGCGGGUUGCGCAAUGCCGCAACACCUCGGGAGAUGCUGACCUUCUCCUUUGCCUUCGAGGUCUUUCCUGUUGAAGGCGAGAACGUUGCGCAGGUGAGGCGUGACCUUGUUCGAGAAAUCAAAAACUUGCUAGAGAAGGAAUGGGGUGUCAUGGACUUUCGCUCUCCCACGCUGGCACUGUGGCAAACAAAGACCACGUGGCUCCCAUUUGAGGCCUCUUACGUGCCUGUAGCGCCUACGCCCUAG